AUGCCGCUAAAGAAGGACCCGAAGAGCAAGACGAGUCUCAUCAGUGUGCGGGCGAGGCCGUCUGGCAACUUCAACGUCGAACUCUACGACGAGUGUCGCCGCUUCUGGCUCGUCACGUACCCCACCGUCGACGAGGCCGCGCAUGCAUACGAAGUGGCAGCGUGGCGUGCCGGGAGGCCAAGGAUGGAGCUCAACUUCCCGGAGAUUGAGACCUGGGCAGCUGCUGAGCGCGAGUUCUACUGGAAGCACGAGGCCGAGCAGAAGAAGAAGGGGGUGAAGAAUGAGGACGUGGCCGACCCCUCGACGGCGGUCCCCGUCGAGUCUGAGUUGGGGGACUGGGGUGACUCGGAGGAGGGCGAGGGGUGCGACGACCCGGACAAGGAUGAGUUCUAG